AUGGCAGACCAGAAUGAACAGAUGUCCAAUACCAACGAGCCUCCAGAGUCUGCAUCACUGGCUGACACCUCAGCAGAGAAGCCCCCACAAGGCUCUGACACUGACUCAGAAGUUAAAGAUCCUGAGAAGGCCUUUGCAAGCAUUACAGGCACAGAGCUGUACUUGGAAGCAUGCAGGCUGGUGGAGGUGGUGCCUGUCUCACACUUUAUUCAGAACGCCUUGGACAAGCCUUACAUAAACCUGAACCACCAUGGCCUAGGACCCAAAGGUGUCAAAGCCAUUGCUAUUGCUCUGGUGUCCAACACAACUGUCACCCAUCUAGAGUUGGAAGACAACAGCAUCCUGCCAGAAGGAGCUAUAUACAUAGUAGAAAUGCUACGAGAGAAUUCCUCCCUUCAAGAACUGAACAUCUCCAAUAACCACCUAGACACAGCAGGAGCUGACGACAUUGGCAGUUUGCUUCUGGAUAACUUGUCCUCCCUCCAUGCUCUUCAGCUCUCAGGAAACAACUUUGGAGAGGAGGCUGCAUCAUACCUUGCUGACACAUUCCUGGGCAAUUAACAAGUGAAGGAGCUGGAUCUCAGCCACAACGAGUUCCCUGAGAAGGGAGGACAGCUCCUGGGACAGAUGCUUGCCAGCAAUGUAGCACUGGAGAUUCUGGACCUGAGCUGGAACCACCUGAGGAGGAAGGGGACAGUAGGACUGGGCAUAGGUCUCAGGGUAAGAAUGCCUCUAUUCUGUGUUGGAUCUAUGUCUCUUCUUUCACAGAUGGCAAAUAAUCACCUGACCAUGGAGGGUGCCACUGCACUACUCACAACAGUCAAGAAGAACACCAAUUCCAUGAUGGAGGAGAUUGACAUCUCAAAUGUGUUGGUGAAUGAAACUUUCAUCAAGAUGCUGAAUUUGGUGUGUCAAAUGCAUCCUGAACUAGAUGUCAUCUAUGGUGAGGUCGAAGGCUGUAUCUCCAAGAUUCCAAAUCAGCAUCCAAAUCCCACGAAGGUGAUUCAGAGGUACUUGAAAGAGCACAACCUACAACUGUGGGACUUUUUUAGGAACUUUGACAAGAGUGGCACCAUGAAGAUCCCUGUGGCAGCCUUCCGGAGAGCCAUGAUGCAUCAAUCAAAGAUCCCACUGAAUCGAGUCCAAAUUGGGGUACUAGUGCACACAUUAGACCAGAAUCGGACAGGGGCUGUGGACUACAGUCACUUAAAAGACCAGAAGUCGGCACAAAAGCCUGUGGAAGGGGAAAUCAAGGAAGAAAAGAAGGAAAAGCCACAACAGUGA